CACGUCACGGCAGCGGGAUCUAAGAGCGCUUACCCACUAUACGGCCGCUUUCUGCACCUUCUGGCGCUGCGGGUUGGAGGUAACUAUCCUAGCCUUUGCCCGCCAGUUCUCGUCCGCCCUUUCCCAACCUAACCUGCCUCAAGUCACAGUGAGCCAUCUCCCGCCGCGACCCGCUAUUGAGCCCGGCCCGAGGCUAGAGGUGACUCGGCUCUUGGUCCCCGUGUCCACGCAGCCCGCCGUCCGGCCACGGCGGGACGAUGCUCGAGUCCAUUCGCGUGACCGAAAAGCUUCACUGGCCUGAGCAAGAAUUUGCUAAGAAGUCUGUUCUAAAUGCAGAAGAUUCACUGGUCAUUGGCAACAAAAGAGGCAUUCCACAUUUAUCCCCUGGAAUACUAAAGGACAUUUUCACAACUGGAACCAGUAGUUACAAUGUCCUACUACAGAGCAAAGAGGAGAAAAAGCAUCAUUCACAAAAACAGUCUUCCUCAACCUACUACAAAAGAUCUAGGAAGCCCAUCAAAUCUCCUAGCUCUUGUCAUAGUAGAGAUCUUCGCAAGAUGAAAGUCCCGGUACCUGUGAUGAGCAGUGGUAGUUGGUACUGCCUAGAAAGGCAGCCUGCUGUUUUUGUCACUAGUUCAAUGUCAAGUUCUGUAAAGUUUACACAUGAUAUCUCUGUUACAGGGAAUAGCAUAAUACUGCCACCUAAACCCAAAAGCAAGGUCAAGCGACGUCAUUUCUCCACCCUGCCAAGGCCAAAGCAGCAGCCUCAGCUGUCCAGAAGUUUUGAAAAAGGAGAUGACUUUUCUGGAAAGAAAUUUUGUAUAUUGACUGCUAUAAAGCCCACCAACCUGGAGAAAGAAAAACUGAGAUUCUUCAAGUCUGACUAUGCCUACAAUCCUCAAUUUGAAUAUGCUAACCCUACUCUGCCAAGCGUGUUAGCCAAGCACAGCCACGCAUCUGACCGAUUUCUUAAGCAGUCUGUCAAUAUAAUGGAACUAACUUUGCAGAAAUAUGGAAGUUAUGAAAAAUUUGAACAGGCCACUGGGGGUAGCCUGCUAUCUAAAACUCGAAUCUGGAGUCAUGUCAGAAAGUACAUGAUGAAAGAAGGCUGCCUGGGUGAGAUUGUAGUUCAUCUCACUGAGGAUCUGCUUUCCCGGGCUUCAAUGACAGUAGUAAAUGGAUGUCCAACUCUGACCAUCAAUGUUUCCACUGCACGUGAGCAUUGGCUGGAGGGAAUGCUGAGGCAUGAAAUAGGCACACAUUAUUUUCGAGGUAUUAACAACCUCCAGCAGCCAUGGAACAGUUGGACUGGCCGUAAAAAACAUGAGCUAAAACCAAACAACCCCACGGAAGAAGGACUGGCAAGUAUUCACAGUGUCCUGUUUAGGAAAGACCCCUUUUUGUGGAGGGCUGCCCUCCUCUACUACACUGUUUAUCAAGCUAGCCAACUGUCUUUUUGCGAACUCUUCAAAGAUAUUGGAAAGUUUGUCAAGGAUCCCAAUACAAGAUGGGAUUAUUGUGUACGAGCCAAGAGGGGAUGGACUGAUACUUCCCAACCAGGGUGUUUCAGUAAAGACCAGGUGUACUUGGAUGGAAUCCUUCAAAUCCUCAGAUACAGAGACACCAUUGACUUUCACCUACUGACUGCCCUGGGAAAGGUUUCUUAUGAAGAUGUGGAUCGCUUAAAAGGAUUGGCAGUUACUGAAAACAUGAGGGUGCCUCACUUCCUGCAGGACCACAGCCGAUAUAGGGAACACUUGGAGAAGAUAAUGGAAGUCAAUGAGCUGACUGACAGGGAGCUGCAAGAUCUUAUACAGUAAUUUGCAUUCUUGCACACAUGGGCUGUGCCUCUAUGAAUAUUACCAAUUCGGUGCAGUUAGCACCAGAUUUACAAAAGAAGAAUGACUCUACCUGAGUUUUCUGAAGAAUGGUCUGCAGUAGUCAGCUGAAUUUUUGGAUUUUUAAGUACAAACUUUAAACUAUUUCCCUAAAAUGUUUCUAUGGGCUGGAGGGAAAAGUUACUCCUAUUUUCAUCUGAAUCUCAAAUCCGAUGAAAAUACUACUGAUGAGUGUUUUUGAAGAAUCUUGGUCGAAGUGAGCAAUAAACUUCUGCCUGAGUACCAAGACCAGCUCCAGCUAGACACUGCCUGAAUUCUAAACAGUGUCUGUCAAACAUCAAGGUUAUAUUUUAUUCAGUGAAUAAUGGUAAUUGUUUUCCUUUGAAAAUUAGUUCUGUUAUGCUCCCAAAAGUUAGCUGUAUCUAGGAUUUCUUAUCCCUUCUUUAUAAUGUUACAGGGAGGGAAAAAGCAUUUGAAAAGUUUUCAUUAAGUCCUUUAUUUUACACAUGGUUUCAUCUUACCAGUUUAUAGAAACUAAGUUAGAGAAUUGCCUCAUUUUAUCCAGUUAUCUCUUAACUAAAUUCUGUUUUCAUUUGCUGAAAUAUAUUGUAUUCCUUCAAAUUUUUAACCAAGUUUUAGAGUCUUUCCCUUUCCAUUCUUUUAUAUAAUUAAGUACAAGUUUUACUCCUGCAAAUUAAUAUAGUUGGGAAGAUUGAAGCUAUUCGCCUUUUUUUAAUUAAAUGGAAUAUGUAAGGAGCAGGGGAAGAACAGACCGAUCUAGUUAAUAUAGGAAUUAAAUACUGACUGUAUACUGGCUAUAUAGUUAACUUGACCAUGCUCUGAAAAACAGAAUUUCUGGGCAUUGCCUUUGGUAACCUAGCCUUGUGAUACGGCUUAAUGCACUUUAUCAAAAUCUUUGACUUCAUCAGCCCAAUAAUGACACAGUUUGAACUUCAGAAAUGAGAGUUCUAUUUUGCUGUAUUAUUUACCCUUUUACUCUUAGCUUUGUAAUUUAUUGGUAUCAGUUUAUGCCUAAAUUCAUCCCUAAGCAGAGUUCAGAUACUUAGGUUGGUUCUCUUUCAGACCUCCAGAGUGUAUUCUGUAGUUCUGGUGGAUAUAUUUAACUAGAAUGAGGAAUGGCAAAAAAGAAUAAAACUCAAUACGUAUUUUUGGCGGUAAAGACACCACUGGGUCAUUACUCCACAUGCAUCUCCCCACGUUACAAGGAAAUACAAGUCUGUCCUUUCACAAGAUCAGCUUUAGUGAGGCUUCUUUUUAAUACUUGGAUCACAUAGCUCUUGAAACAGCUUAUUUUAGUGAUCAGAAGAAAAACAACUGCUGUAGACACCUCAUUCAAGAUUACUACUGUAAUUUAUACCCAAAGCUAUCUGAAAGUUUGCUGUUAUCUCAAUUCAGCCUAAAAUAUGGUGCUAACACUGGUAGAUGUAUAGCCACAAAGCCUGGUCCACACUCACACUAGAAAAUGAUUUUAGGAAAUCUUUUGCAGGUUAGGUUUGUGAAUUUUCUCUUUCACAUACCUUGAAAGGCUUGCCUGGAAGGUUGCAGCAAACAUGAUAUAUCUGGCACCUAGGGAUUCCUGCAAAACCAUGCAUCUCACUGCUGCCAUUGGAAGGCCAGGCCCUUUGGAGCCAGAGCAUUGAAAGGCCCCCACACCUGUCUUGCUGGCCAGAGUGUGACUUGCAUACCUUGUGCAGGGCUGUGGCCGAGUGCUCCAGCAUUAACCGGAUACCAGAAACCCUCUCAGCACCACAAGCAUUCCUCAUUUUUGUGGCAGUCAUGUAGUUUCAGCUUUGUAUAGUGUUUUCCAACUUUAUCGUAAAGUGCAACAAAGGUGUUCCCAGUUUUUUAAAUAUUGAUUGUGAAAACAGUGUUUUAUUAACUGGAAUUGAAGUAUAGACAGAACUGGCAGUGUUCGUUUCCUUAAGCACUAAGGGUUGCAAAUUAUCAUUUGCAGGCAAUAACACUUCUAAUCGUAUGUGAUAGUUUAAAUACAAAGGAAGAUCACAACAGCCUUAAUUUCCUAUAGGUAGGAUUAUUUGCAGUGGUUCUAGUCCCUGCAUUUAAAAAUGAAUGGAUAUUCUCUCUUUAUCUGAUCUGGAAAAGGAAAAAUGUACUUGCGUUACUGUUUUGACAUAAAGACAAAAACUCUGAACCAUUAUCCAGAAAAAAUGACUUUAAAUCACAUUGGUGGUCUUAAGAUAUUUUAAAAGUUAGCAGUGAACCAGAAACUAGUUUCAGAGUAGCAGAAAACUCUAUGCUUUAAAAGUUGGAAUUGAAGAUUUAAUUAAUGUCUAUUUAGGAAGUUCCCUGAACUUGUCAUAUUGUUCUGUACAUCUCUUAUUCUCUUUCCUAUAGUAGUGUCAUGGUCAGCUUUGUUCCCUAAAAUAAAAGUCUUAAUAAAUAUAAAAUUAUAGCAGUAUAUAGGAGAAUAGUUGAAGAUCGUAUUAAUUUUAAGUUUAGUAGUUAUUUACUAUAGUCUAUUAAUGAUUUUGAGUUCAUCAAUUUUGUCCAAUAUAAUUCUAACAUACAGUGGUAUCAAAUACAAAUUCUGAUAAACUGCUAGGUUUAAACACCAGAUAGGAUUAAAAGUAAAUUGUUUGCAAACAUAAAUCCAUAGUCUUCAUUUCUUUAUAUUUUCACCUUUGUAAAAUGCUUAAAAUUUGUACUGUUUGUUUUGUAUAUCCUUGGGCAUUUUUAAUUGUGUCUAGCUAUAAUAAAAAUAAGUGGCACUGAGGUUCUCAAAUAUAUGGACGUAUA